AUGUCUCAGGCCCGAGUUACUGAUUUCUUUUCCCAGAAAAAGAAAGGCAUCGGCGGCCCGGUGAAACCAGCCAAGCAGCGCAGCCGCGGCUCUGGAGGGACCAGCACUAGCGUCACCAGCACACGGUCAAGAUCCGCUAAAAACAAAGACCUUUGUUCGUCCUAUGUCCACGAAGAGUUUCUCCGAGUUAUUGACGAGGCAGCGGGGUUAAACGAUGGAGAAUCUUCAUUCACCAACACCACCAAAGUUCUCCCCUCCAGCCCCCGGACACCGAAGCGGAGCUCGACAGAGUUUGAUCUCGGGGCUCCCUUGUUUUCAGCCACCGCCGACCACAGCACGGCCAAGAAGAGACGUCAGGCGGAGGAGGUCAGAGACACUAAAGCUAACAUCCCGGAGAAAACAACGAGGAGGACGGCCAGGAAGAAACUGGUCCUCCCUCAGGACACACCACAGGCUUCAGCCCAGCCUCCUAUGCCAGAAGCGACCCAGCAGCCCUCAGCUCCAGCAGCUCCUGUGUCUGCACAGAGAGCUGAGAACCAUGCAGAGGGCAUCAGUAAGAAGACUGCAGGACAGCCCAGCAAGACACUGUGUAAAGAGGACAUCGCAGCCCUAAAGUCUCGCCUCCAGAGGAUCAAGAAACACGCAGAGGAAAAAAUCAGCAGUGCUUCAGUUUCCACUGCCUCCUCCUGCUCCUCUCCAUCUUCUCCAGCACCUGACAAUACUAACCCACCUGUACCCAAAGCUGCCACACCCUCCACCUCUGACGCCAAGGCCCUCAAGCUCACUGUAGCACGAGCCAGAGAGCUCGCAGCUAAAGCUCAGAGGAGAAUCAAGGAGAGAGAGGCCGAGGAGAGCGAGCAGAGCGACACACCACCCCCGGACAGCACUGAGCAGCCAGCGUACCAGCGGUACCACACCCUCGCCCAGGCAGCCCCCCCGGGCCUCUCCCUGCCUUACCAGUACAAGCUGCUGGCUGAGAUGUUCAGGAGUAUGGACACUGUGGUCGCCAUGCUGUACAACCGCUGUGAGACGGCCACAUUCGCCAAGGUCAAGCAGGGAGUUCAGGACAUGAUGCACAAGCGUUUUGAGGAGAGCCACGUGGGUCAGAUAAAGACAGUGUUUCCUGAGGCCUACACGUUCAGACAGGAGAAGAACAUCCCGACCUUCAACAGCAGCAUUAAGAAGGGCAGCUACCAGCUCACCGUGGAGCCCGUCAUCCUCUCUGACCAGAAUGAAGCACGUCCUGUCCUCUCAGCCUCACGUCUCCUAGAGAGAAGACACAUCUUCCACCUGAACCUGGUCUCCAUUGUCAAACAGCACCACAAGGUCUUCCUGUCCUCGUUGGUUCCUCCGGUCUCUGUUCCAGACGACAAACUGACCCGCUGGCACCCUCGCUUUAAUGUGGACACGGUGCCUGCCGUCCAGACCAGCUCGCUGCCUCAGCCUCCUCGCACGGAGAGACUGGCCACAGCUCAGGAGGUGCUGGACAAGGCGCGCUCACUCAUCACACCCAAGAUGGAGAAGGCUCUGGUUUCUCUGGCUCAGAGGAGAGAAGAUAAUGCUGCAGAAAGUAAAGAGCCGACAUCUCCUCCACAGAACCCAACAGCCCCCCAGACACCAGCUCCAUCAGCUGCUCCAUCAUCUGCUCCUGCAGCUCCGGUCCCAACCACCCUGAAAGGAGUGUCUCAGUCCCUGCUGGACCGGAUUCGUGCGAAGGAGGCUCAGAAGCUCCUGGCUGCCAUGACUCGAAACCCCAACCAGGAGGAGCGCCUGAUGAUGAUGUCACGACUCGGGGAGCUGGCAAGGAUCCUUCGAAACGUUUUUGUAGCAGAGAAGAAACCGGCUUUGAUAAUGGAGGUGGCCUGUAACAGGAUGGUGGCCAGCUACAGGUCUGCUCUUAGCACAGGUGAAAUGGAGAAACACAUCCGUCUGCUGGCAGAAGUGGCUGCCGAUUGGUUGACGAUCCAUCCAAUCAGGAAGGACUUCUACCUGAAGCUGAACAAGAACAUGGAGCUGAGCAUCGUUCUGGACAAACUGAGCAGACGACUGAGAGAGGAGGAGGAGAGACUCUGAGAGAGGAG